AUGGUCGAAAACAGCACCCUCAUUAUAACCGGCGCUGUCGUCGCCGUUUCGAGUGUCGUCAUCUACCUGAUGCUAAAAAAUAAGAAUUCAUGUGGGCAAUGUGGAAAGCAGGUCAAGAAGACUCUUCUUGAUGAUACUGUGAAAUAUCCACUGAAACUCUCGAAGAAGAUAAUUGUCAGCCGUGAUACCAGAAAGUUCCGGUUCAGUUUACCAUCGGAAGACCACGUUCUUGGACUUCCGACUGGACAACACGUCUAUUUGAGUGCGAAGAUUGAUGGAAAAUUGGUAGUACGUCCGUACACUCCGGUGUCAAGCGAUGAGGAUAAGGGAUAUGUCGAGUUGAUGAUCAAGGUUUAUUUCAAGAACACCAACCCGAAAUUCCCAGAUGGCGGUAAAAUGAGCCAGUAUCUUGAGCAGAUGCAAAUUGGAGAGACGAUCGACUUCCGUGGUCCGAGCGGAUUGAUUGUGUACAAAGGGCACGGUGUGUUCGCUGUGAGACCUGACAAGAAGUCGGAACCCGUCGAGAAGGUUUACUCGAAGAUUUCGAUGAUUGCUGGAGGAACUGGAAUUACGCCAAUGCUCCAGAUUAUUGAGGCGGUUCUUCGCGAUCCUACCGAUCAGACAAAACUGAAGCUGUUGUUUGCCAAUCAAUCGGAGGAGGAUAUCCUUUGCAGAGAGGAUCUUGACCUUCUUGCGCAAAAGCAUGCUGCUCGUUUUGAGGUUUGGUACACGAUUGAUAGACCCAGUGAUAACUGGAAGUUCUCUUCGGGAUUCAUCAAUGAUGCUAUGAUUAAGGAACGAUUGUUCGCUCCUUCCUCUGACGGCGUUGUUCUCAUGUGCGGACCACCACCAAUGAUCAACUUCGCUUGUGUUCCGAACUUGGAGAAGCUCGCUUAUGAUCCAGCCCACAGACUUACGUUCUAA